AUGGCUGCCUUCUUCUCCAACCUGGUUCAGUUCCGGGGACUACUUCAAAUGAUCUUAGUGCUGGGAAUUGGUGGUAGUUUCCCAUAUGGAUUCCAUAUUUCUGUCAUUAACUAUCCAUCUGUGCACAUCAGGAAGUUUAUUAAUGAAACCUGGAUAGAUCGACAUGGCUCUCCCCUCCAUCCUGAGACAAUCAUGCUGCUGUGGUCCUUCAUUGUGUCUGUUUAUGGGAUAGGAGGAUUCCUGGGAAGCCUCUGCUGUGGUUACCUGACUACAAAAUACAGGAAGAAAAAGUGCCAAAUGUUCACCAAUCUCAUCAUGUUGGUAGCUGCACUUUUCAUGGCCCUCAGUAAAACAGCCAAAUCCUUUGAGAUGAUUCUGAUUGGGCGCUUUCUCUAUGGCAUUGGCUCAGGUUUUUCUCUCAAUAUACAUCCUCAGUAUGUAGGAGAGAUUUCACCCAAGAAGUUGCGUGGGUUUACCAACUCCACUGUUGCUGUUUUUCUGACCCUGGGAAAACUCACAGGACAGGUGGUUGGACUACGGGAGAUUUUAGGAAGCGAAGCUUUGUGGCCAUGGUUGUUAGCAUCUAGUGGACUUUCAGCAUUGGUUCAACUGGUUACCCUCCCAUUUUUCCCUGAUUCACCAUCCUACCUCCUGAUACAGAAGGGUAAUGAGGAAGCCUGCAGGAAAGCCAUCAGGAAGCUCUGGGGGGAAGGAGACCACCAAGCAGAAAUUGAUGACAUUAUGAAGGAGAAGGGUGCAAUGGCGAGCACGAAAACCUUGCGUGUCCUUGAAGUAAUAAAAGAGCGAUCUUUGCGCUGGCAGCUUUACAUUUUGAUGACUGUCAUGACCACGUUGCAGCUCUGUGGAAUCAAUGCAAUAUAUUUCUAUUCUUUUGAAGUAUUCCACACAGCCAAGUUUGAAGAAUACCUUAUCCCAUACGUGUCCCUAGGAGUUGGGUUGUGUGAGUGCUUAUCCUCUAUACUAUGUAGCACCCUCAUAGACCGCUUUGGGAGGAAGGUGCUGCUCUGGGGUGGAUACUUGCUGAUGUGUUCUGUGCUGGCACUGCUCACCAUGACCCUGUCACUGCAGCAUCGGUUUUUCUGGAUGCAUUACUUCAGCGUUAUCUUGAUCUUUCUGUUUGUUGUCUUCUAUGGAAUUGGACCAUCUGGAGCCACCAUAUCUGUGAUGGUUGAAAUCUUCAGCCAGUCAUACAGACCAUCAGCCUUUCUGAUUGUUGGCUGCAUCAACUGGAUGGGACUGUUUGUACUUGGGAUGAUUUUUCCAGUAAUUGUUGAUAACCUUGGAGCCUUCUGCUUCCUUAUCUUUUUGGGAAUCCUUGCUUUAUCAGCAAUUUUUAUCUACCUGUAUCUUCCUGAAACCAAGGGAAAGUCAAUUAUGGAAAUAAAAGCAGAAUUCAACAAGUUGAACUUUGGGAAAAAAGAAACUCCUGCCACUGAAAAUAACUUUCCUAAGGAACAGUUGUCUUGCACCAAGCUCUGA